AUCUUUUGUAAUCAUUUUAUUUUUAUAUAUAGGUCAUUUUCCCAAUAAAUAAAGUACAUGUUAAGUUUUUUCCUCUUCAACAAUUAUUAUAUCAUUUUAUGGAUUAUUUGAUCUUCACCAUAUGGUAACCUCUCAGAGCAUAAAAUGUUAGAAGAAAUAAAAUGGCCAAAAGAAAGCAUAAAAGUACCUGUCGCCAGAACUUGAAUUGAUGAAAUCUAUUUCCAGUGUGAUAACUUAAUAGCAACUUAGCUUGCUUAUAAUUUUCUUCAGAUUACCAGAACAAUUAGCGAGCUUACGUUGCACUGUAAAAAGGUUAUUCAUGGCCUCUACAAAUGGACUAUCAAAUGCCCGUGCAACGCAUCCUCUCUUUUCAUUUGGCGUCAUAACUGAUGUUCAGUAUGCCGAUAUUCCCGAUGGUCAUUCAUUCCUCGGCGUCCCUCGAUAUUACCGUCACAGCAUUCAGGUGCUGCGAAGGGCCGUCAACCACUGGAACAACAUAAAAAAACUCAAAUUUUCCAUGAACUUUGGCGACAUUGUAGAUGGAUUCUGUCCCAGAGACAACUCGUUGGCUGCCGUGCAGAAGGUCUUAGAUGAAUUCCACAAUUUCAAUGGACCUGUUUAUCACAUGAUUGGUAAUCACUGCCUCUACAAUCUCCCUCACAGCGACCUCACAGCUUUGUUCAAAAUUCCCUCCCUCCAUGGUGAGGCAUACUACGAGUUCUCUCCAUCACCGGAGUACCGAUUCGUCAGUUUGGAUGCGUAUGACAUCAGUGUUCUUGGCAGGCCCCGUGACGAUCCCAGAGCAGCUGUGGCACUUAGAUUCCUGGAAGAUAAGAACCCUAAUAUUGAUAAGAACAGUCCGGUUGGAUUAGCGGGACUUGAGAAAAGGUUCUUGAUGUUCAAUGGAGCUGUAGGAAAAGAACAACUUCUGUGGCUUGAUAAUGUCCUCAAGGAGUCUACUGAACAAGGGCAGAAGGUGAUUGUAGGUUGUCAUCUUCCUCUAAAUCCUAAUAGUGCUACAGCUGCUUCUCUUUUAUGGAACUAUGAGGAAGUGAUGGAGGUUAUACACAGAUAUAAAUGUGUGAAGGUAUGUUUUGCUGGUCAUGAUCAUAAGGGCGGAUACUCGGUUGAUUCGCAUGGUGUUCAUCACCGUGUGCUCGAAGCGGCUCUCGAAUGUCCGCCUGGCUCGGAUGCUUUUGGUUAUGUGGAUGUGUACCAUGAUAGGCUCUCUCUUGUUGGUGCUGAUCGAAUGGUUUCUACUGAGAUGAUUUUUGAAUCCUGAGUGUUUGUUGUUCGUUUUGCCCUAUUGUUUGUUCAGGUUUUUUAAAGUUUAGUAGUUUAUGAUUUCUAUUCAGGGGAAGUUCAAGUUAUUUUAUCCCAACUGAUGAUAGAAGGUUGGGAAAAAUGAUGACUCCAUGUCAUACUUGUUACAGUAUAGUUUAGUUUAAUAGUAUCACUAACUUUACCUGUGCAAUAACUCCUGAAUUCCUUCAGGUUGACUUUAACUGCCAUAGCAAUAUUGUAUGCUUCUCUAUAAGUUU